GUUGCUGUUUGAGCUAUGUUUAUGUAUGCUUGAAAACUAGGGUUUGGGUUAGGGUUCUUGCUGGAUUGGGGAAUUAAUUUGUGAUCUAUGUCUGGUUCUGUGAGCUAAGGUGAUUUUGUUCAUCUGUUCAUGCAGGAGACCCCUGACACCACCGUGGAGCCUCUUUUCUGUGGCCAGCUGGAGCUUUCUGAACCCACCUGCAUGAUGCACCACAUGAGGCCAAUUAAGUGUGUGGCAUUUGAAGGAACCUUAACUGGAAGGCGUUUCUAUGGUUGUCCAGUGCAGCAGAGUGAAGGUGUUAACUGUGGUGUUACUGAGUGGGUUGACAAGCCCUGGCAUCCAAUUCUUCAGAAUUGCUUGUCCAGGCUGUGGGACAUGUACCAUGAACAGAAUUGUGGCAGGGUAGUUGAUAAGCAGAAGUAUGAGAAGCAUUUGGCCAAGCUUAAGACUGAAAAUGACAAGCUGUGCAUUGAGUACACAAAGCUUGUCCAAGAUGUAUCCAAGAUGUUUGAUUGGCAGGAUGGUAGGGUAGGCCACAUGGAUAACCAGAAGGCAGUUGAGGAGGAAGAAUUUGAGAAGAAGAAGAAAGAGGUAGAAGAGAGAGCUAGGUUGGAGGUUCAGAUGGAGAAGCUCAAACUUGCCAAGGAACAAAGGUGCAUUUUACAGAGCCAAGCUGACAUUAUCAAGAAUACCAGGAAGGCAAAGAAGGAGGUUGAACAGGAGAGAGAUUUGCUUAAGAUAGAGAAGGCCAAGCUUGAGCAUGUGGUGAAUGAGCUGCUGAGUGAUGGGCAUGCAAGCAAGGAGAAACUUGAGAAAAUCAAGGCCAUCCUUGAUUCAUGAUGUGUGUUCUGCAGAUGGUGAAGUACAUCCAAGGCCUUUAUAAGUAUGUGGCCUAACAAUCUGAUGUGAAGAUAUGGGGUGUACAUUUUGGGGAAUGUGAAGCUAAUCUAGUCUAUGUCUAUGCCAAUGUUAAGAACUGUUGUUAUGCUGCUAGAACCUUUAAUGCUAAGUUAUGAACUAAG